AUUGGUCUCUUGUUAGAUAGGUAGACAUCGGUACAAGACCAUAUACGUGAAUGAUACGACACUAGCAAAACUGAAAAUGAAGUUCUUGCUUGCGUUUUGGAGUGUAUUUUGUAAACUUCCGAUCUCCAUUUCGCAGACAACGCAAAAUAUUAAUGUUUUGCUUAUAAAUGAAGAAAACAAUGCACUGGCUGAAAAAUCUUUUGAAGUGGCCAAGGAGUAUGUAAGACGUAAUCCUAAUCUUGGUCUUGCUAUAGAUCCUGUUAUUGUAGUAGGAAAUCGGUCUGAUGCAAAGGCAUUUUUAGAAAACGUUUGCAGAAAAUAUAACGACAUGCUUUCCGCAAAGAAAAUGCCUCAUGUCGUGUUAGAUUUUACCAUGACUGGAGUUGGUUCGGAAACUAUUAAGUCGUUUACUGCUGCGUUAGCCCUGCCGACUAUUUCUGGAUCAUUUGGACAAGUCGGUGAUUUACGGCAAUGGCGAACUCUUACAUCAAACCAAACGAAAUAUCUUUUGCAAGUAAUGCCUCCUGCAGAUAUUCUACCAGAGUCAAUACGAGCAAUUGUCAUCAAACAAGAUAUAACAAAUGCGGCUAUUAUUUUUGACGAAUUUUUUGUUAUGGAUCAUAAAUACAAAUCGCUUCUUCAAAAUAUACCAACGCGUCAUGUUAUAACUCCAGUAAAAAGUUUUAGUAAGGAUGAAAUAAAGACCCAACUACGAAGCUUACGAGAACUCGAUAUAGUUAACUUUUUUAUUGUGGGCAGCUUGAGGACUAUAAAGAAUGUUCUAGACGCUGCUAACGAGAAUCAAUAUUUUGGCAGAAAAACGGCGUGGUUUGCGUUGUCUUUAGAUAAAGGAGAUAUAGGGUGUGGAUGUCAAGAUGCUACUAUUGUCUAUAUGAGACCAACGCCUGAUGUAAAAAGCAGGGAUCGUUUAGGCAAAAUUAAAACUACGUAUAGUAUGAAUGGGGAGCCUGAAAUAACCUCUGCGUUUUAUUUCGACCUUUCUUUGCGAACAUUUUUAGCUAUCAAAUCACUGCUGGACUCUGGCAAGUGGCCAAAUGACAUGAAAUAUAUCAAUUGCGACGAUUACGAUGGUAAGAAUACUCCUAACAGGACCUUGGAUCUUAAAACUGCUUUUCAAGAGGUGAAAGAGACACCUACCUACGCUCCUUUUUAUAUUCCUGAAGACGAUCCCAUGAAUGGUAGAAGUUUCAUGGAGUUCAAUACAGAUUUGACAGCAGUUACAAUUAAAGAUGGCGCAUCGAUCGGUAGCCGCAUUUUGGGUUCCUGGAAAGCUGGACUUCAAAAUCCAUUGUCUCUAACGGACUCUGACAAUAUGAGCGAUUAUUCCGCGCAACUUGUGUAUAGAAUUGUAACCGUGGAGCAAAAACCAUUUAUAAUUAGAGACGACGAUGCCCCCAAAGGUUUUAAAGGUUAUUGCGUCGAUUUGAUAGAAGAAAUUCGGCAAAUCGUUAAAUUCGAUUACGAAAUAACGUUGUCGCCUGAUGGUAAUUUUGGUGCCAUGGACGAAAAUGGAAAUUGGAAUGGAAUAAUAAAGGAAUUAAUUGAAAAAAGGGCUGAUAUUGGUCUAGCAUCAAUGUCUGUAAUGGCUGAACGGGAGAACGUUGUCGAUUUCACUGUACCAUAUUACGACUUGGUCGGGAUAACUAUUUUGAUGAAGCUACCAACGACUCCUACGUCAUUGUUUAAAUUUCUAACAGUUUUGGAAAACGAUGUCUGGUUGUCAAUUCUGGCGGCUUAUUUCUUUACUAGCUUCCUAAUGUGGGUGUUUGAUAAAUGGAGUCCAUAUAGUUAUCAAAAUAAUCGCGAAAAGUAUAAAGAUGACGAAGAAAAACGCGAGUUUACACUCAAGGAGUGCCUCUGGUUCUGUAUGACGUCACUGACCCCGCAAGGCGGAGGGGAGGCGCCUAAAAACCUAUCCGGAAGAUUACUGGCUGCCACUUGGUGGCUUUUUGGUUUCAUCAUUAUAGCGUCAUACACGGCUAAUCUCGCCGCUUUUCUAACAGUUUCCCGACUGGACACACCUAUAGAGUCGCUAGAUGACUUGUCCAAACAGUAUAAGAUACAAUACGCGCCUCUGAACGGUUCCUCGGCUAUGACCUACUUUGAACGGAUGGCGAAUAUUGAAGUUAAAUUUUAUGAAAUCUGGAAAGAAAUGAGCCUAAACGACAGUUUGAGUGACGUCGAGCGCGCAAAGCUCGCGGUUUGGGAUUACCCUGUCAGCGACAAAUACAGCAAAAUGUGGCAAGCUAUGAAGGAAGCUGGUCUGCCGAACUCUGUAGAAGAGGCUAUAGAAAGAGUUAGAGCAUCCAAGAGUUCCAGCGAAGGCUUCGCCUGGUUAGGAGACGCCACUGAUAUUAGAUAUCAUGUACUUACCAGUUGUGAUUUGCAAAUGGUUGGUGAUGAAUUUUCUAGAAAACCAUACGCAAUAGCGGUCCAGCAAGGUUCGCCACUUAAAGAUCAGUUCAACAACGCAAUAUUACAGUUGCUCAAUAAACGAAAAUUAGAAAAGUUGAAGGAAAACUGGUGGAAUAAUAAUCCGAAUGCCAUGAAAUGUGAAAAGCAAGAUGAUCAGUCCGAUGGGAUAUCGAUACAGAAUAUUGGUGGUGUUUUUAUAGUGAUUUUUAUGGGAAUUGGUCUUGCUUGUGUGACACUGGGUGUGGAGUAUUGGUGGUACAAGUGGCGAAAACGUUCGACCAUUGGCGACGUGACUCAGGUGGAACCAGCGAAAUCAGUACGAAACAACGUUGACGUUAAACAAGGCGAUGGAUUUACUUUUAGGUCUAGAAACUUAGGCCUCGCUAAUUUGAAAUCUAAGUUUUAACUGGCGAUAUGGCAUAAAUUAUAAUCCAUUAGUAUAGAAUUUACCCAAGUCUAAUAUUAACUUAAGAUAUUUUUAAUUUGUCUUUAAUUAUGGCAUUUUACAUAACGAGGUGGAAAUUUUUAUCAACUGUCUCUUCUGUAAAAAAUGGGUCGCUUUCAUAAGUUGUCAAAUUAUGACAAAAAUAAUGUGAUUAAAAGGAUUUUUUUUUAAUCUUAAAGUAUCGUUGAAUAAUUAAAUAUCGUAUUAAAAAUUGCGAAACUAUAAUUUAGGAUACAGAUUUGUCAAUAAAAGCGGUAAAGUUCAACAAUCAACACAGGAGCUGGAAACAAUAAAAAAGGUUAUUGUUAAGUUAUUUAAAAUAGUUUAAGGAUCGGAGAAAAAAAUUCAUCCUGUGAUAAGUUUUGGAUUUUUACAAAUCCUUUAAUUUAAAGUUCUAAUAAAAAAAUAUAAAAUAUACAUUGUGCUUAAUUAAAUAUGAUUUCAUAAAAAUGUAAAAAAAAAAAUGCAUUGUUUGUUUGUCUCUUUCUUAUACAAUAUCGAUUGUAAGCAUCUAAGAUUUUCUCACCGCCUUUAAAAUGCCCUUCUUAAAAUAUUACCUAAAAUUAUGUUUACUAUGAUUUUUCUCUCUACAUGUUAUUUAGAAAAGCAUUAUAAGAAAAAUAGUAGAUACUGGAUUUUUUGAUUAUAGUAUCAAAAAUGAUUUUUUGUCGAAAAAUGUUAGAAAAAGGAAAACGAUGUUAUAACGUGUAAACGUUACCUGCGUGUUUAUUAACUAAAAUAAAUAUUGUUCUUAACAUUCACAUCGAAUUCGAUACGAAUGGAUUAUAAAAAAAAAUAUUUUAGAAAUUGUUCAAAUUUUCAUGUCGGUUUGAUCUCAUUAAAUGUAAGGAAUUUAGAUAUAAGUUCACGUGCGCACAGAAUCUGCUCCGGUUUGAAUAGUGCAAUAAAUAAUAAAUCAAA